UAUUGUUUUCUUAUUGUUGCGUAUGAGAACGAGUCAGCGUUUUGCAUUCAUUUCAUCAGACAACGGCGUACGUCCUCAAAAUAAAUGCUAAAACGAACGAAAUAAACAAAACCGUCUGCGACAUUGUGCAUCGAGCUCGAGCUGCGAUUGUAGUGACUACAAUUUCUAAUGCAGUUUCAAAUCAGUCCACGUAAUCCUCCGACUGGGGAGUUAAUGCGUAGUGAGUGUGACUAAAAGAUAUCGCUCGGGAAGGAAAAGAGAACAAAAACGAGCCACUGUCUACCAAAGGUGUCGUCAUCAGGUCUGGCAGACAACGAACCACAGUCUCUCCCCCCACCCCUGCGUUUUCAAAGGACAACGACGACAUGGACAACGAGAGUGGCAUAGAGGAAAAAUUCAUCCAAAACGGUGUGUUGCUGAAGAAAGCUAACGCUACCUACAUCUCGGUGCUGAAUGCGGAAGGCAUCCUAACGUUUGGCCAGUGCAUCAAGACGAAUCUGCACGUGUUCGAGUGGAAGCCGGAAACGUGCGAUAUCACCGAUUCCGAAAGUCUCGAAAGUGGCUGGUCGCUGGUCGAUCCAAUCUCUCGCCAGCCGUCUCCACAGCAACCAGCGCAACCUGCUUCGAUAGCAUGUCCGACGUCGACCGUCUCUGGACCGGGCAGUUCACCGAGCAGUCGCGCCACCAGUGAGGAGCCCGCGACCGGUGCGCCAACAAAAGCCAAACUGUCCAUUCGCGUGUUUCUGCGCGAUCUGAAGGGUCUCGAAACGCACAAGGACGAGCUACGGUUCUACAACCACGACCACACUGUGCACAGUGUGUAUCUGUUCCGGCAAACGUCGACCAGUGUGCUACUGCAGCUGCUGGAACGGUUUCGCUGCGUGCGCAAGAGCACACAUCGCAAGAACUUUUACCGAUGCAUUGACGACCCGGACCAGGACAAGCUGCAGAAGUCGUUCUCCGAGCUCAACAUUGCCGACAUACGGGCUCGGCCACGGCCACGGCCGUACAUGGAUAUGCUGUCGAAGCUUGCCAACGUGCAGCAAAUCCUUCCGAUACAUCGACCGGCUUCUCAGAGCACGCUGCCGGGUGAGCUGCGGUUGAGUAACUUGAACGCCCGUGUCCAGGAUGCAGCUGCGGAUCGCCACUCAACGGACGAAAGUCACGGUGGUGUUCCUGUUACCGAUAAUGGCGAAACGAAUGGAACGGAAACUAGAAAGCUUGCUCCACGGCCACCAGUACACCGAGGGCUUCCCUUGGAUGCCGGCACGUGGGAGGACGUCAAGUGCCCUAAUGGAUCCAUCUCGGAUCCGGAGCGUGUGAAAGAGAUCAUUUUCCGAGGGGGCAUCAAGCAAGAUAUACGAGCGGAAGUGUGGAAGUAUCUGCUCGGGUUGGACGUCUGGGAGCACACCACCCAGCAGCGGGACGAGCGAAGGGCACACAAAACGCAGGAAUACUUUCAAAUGAAGUUCCAGUGGCUUACGAUGACGCCAACGCAGGAGCACAACUUUACCGGCUACCGGGAGCGCAAGUGCCAGAUCGAGAAGGACGUGAAGCGCACCGAUCGGACGUACGAGUUCUUCGCCGGUGACGAUAACCCCAACCUAGCCAAGCUGCAGGACAUCCUGAUGACGUACGUCAUGUACAACUUCGACCUGGGGUACGUGCAGGGAAUGAGCGAUCUGCUCGCCCCGAUCCUCAGCCUGGUGCAGAACGAGGCGGAAAGCUUCUGGUGCUUCGUGGGCUUCAUGCACAAAGUCUUUGCCAACUUCGAUAUCGACCAGAAGGGCAUGAAGCUGCAGCUCGAACAUUUGCGCGUGCUGCUGUCGUUCGUGAACGAGCGGCUGUUCAACUAUAUGCGCGAAAACCAGUCGGAAAACAUGUACUUCUGCUUCCGCUGGCUGCUGGUGUGGUUUAAGCGCGAAUUUUCCAACUCGGACAUAAUGCACCUGUGGGAGGUGCUGUGGACCGGGCUGCCCUGUCCCAACUUCCAUCUGUUCGUGUGCGUUGCCAUCCUGGACCAGGAGAUGGACGUGUUUAUCGAUGGGCAGUUUAGCUUCACCGAGAUUCUGAAGCACGUGAACGAACUGUCCGGCAACUUGAAUCUGGCAGCGGUGCUCGAGCAGGCCGAAAGCAUCUAUCUGCAAGUGAAGCAAACGCUGGACGCCGCGUCCAAAGAGUCGCACCACGAGCUGCGCAAAAUCAUUGGCGAACAGUUGUCCUCGAGCGAGGGAGGCACGACGGGCAACACCGAUGAGGACGAGGAGGACGAGGAGGACAGCUGCAUGUCGAUCGUGAACGAGCGUUCGCCGGAGGAGAAGGAAAUACUGCAACGAAAACUGGACGAGGCCUGUGACCUAUCUUUAAGCUACAUGUUUUUCUAGAGGGUUUUUUGGAAUGCGAGAGGGAAAGUGUAACGAUGUGACACCACACACAGACACACACAGAUAAGCACCACACAUUUGUAGCCAUUUGGGAGAGAGAGAAUGUACAGUAAAUUUGUUUAUUGACGUUUUGUUACUUUCUUAAAUGCACUCGCGCUUCUUUACGACUUU